ACCGCGUCUCACGAGGCACUAGGUCCUGGUACUUGCUGGGGGUGGGGAGGGAGAGGGGCGCACAGCGCCCAGAGGCGGACGCCAAGCGCGUGAGUCACUCUGCUCCCCUGGGUUAGGAGCGGGACUUUGCCUCCCGCCUGGGGUCUGCAUUUCAGCUCCAGCUUCAGCGACUCAUCCCAGCAGGCUGACCCCCUCCUGAGGCUGGACCAGCUGCCUCUCCGUCUAGGUGCACUGGCUGAGCGCCAUCAAUUAUACACAUUAAUGCAAUUAGUCAAGAUACAGAAGCUUGUAUUCCAAAUGAAAAUUUCCUACAUCUGAGGCAUCCGUAUAAAAGUGUUUUCUGCAUUCUGUCCCAGCGGAUCUGAUUCCUGUUCUGAAGAAUUGAAGUUGAGCAUCGUUAGUUAAAUUCAGCUGCUGCCUGACUGUACCCCACAGCAAAGGCUUUGGAGACAUUUUUCAGUUAAAACAAUAAUGACUUUCUUGGAGUGUAAUCCCAGUGGAGGCUGUUCUACCUAUAGCCUGAAAGAAUACUUAACUACCAUCCGCAAUUCUGCAGAGACCUUGUAAAAAACACACUUUACACCAAACAACGGAGUGAUUCUGAGUUGGUUGGGGGAACCUUAGUUGUAGAUAUCAAUUCACCUUCUUCAAGAUUCAACCACUGCUACUCAGAGCUGCUGCUGAAACACCAUGUCUAAGAACUCAGAGUUCAUCAAUCUGUCAUUUUUAUUAGAUCAUGAGAAGGAAAUGAUCCUGGGCGUCCUAAAGAGAGAUGAAUAUUUGAAAAAAGUGGAGGACAAGAGAAUAAGGAAGCUGAAAAAUGAACUCUUAGAAGCAAAACGUAGAAGUGGGAAAACUCAGCAAGAGGCCAGCAGAGUUUGUGUUCACUGUCACAGAAACCUGGGCCUAAUCUUUGACCGGGGAGACCCUUGUCAGGCUUGCUCACUGAGGGUAUGCAGGGAGUGUCGAGUUGCAGGCCCCGAUGGCAGCUGGAAGUGCACUGUCUGUGACAAAAUCGCGCAGCUAAGGAUUAUAACUGGUGAGUGGUUUUUUGAAGAAAAGGCAAAACGUUUCAAGCAAGUCAAUGUUCUCGGCACUGAUGUUGUCCGACAGUCCAUUUUAAGAAGAAGUCCAGGAGCUGAAGAAGUACAGAGCCAAGAGCAAACUCGCCAGGAUGUGGAAAAGUCAGACACCUCACCUGUUGCUGGCAAGAAGGCCAGCCAUGAUGGGCCCAAGAGAAAGGGAUUUCUUCUUAGCAAGUUCAGAUCAGCAACCAGAGGAGAAAUCAUAACUCCCAAAACUGAAACUGGGCGGAGCUAUAGCUUGGACUUAGACGGUCAGCAUUUUCGGAGUUUAAAGUCAGCUCCUGGUUCAGACAGGGGAAGCACUGGCUCAUCAGAUCUCAAUGACCAGGAACCUGGUCCUAGGACCCCGAAGAGCAGUCGGAGCAAUGGUGUGACCCCAGGCACUCAGAGGUCACCAGCCCCAAGCACACGAAGUGUGACCUCAGUCAUCAGUAGAGAGUAUGGUUUUGAAAAUUCCAUGGAUUUGGCUGCUAUUGAAGGUACCUCUCAGGAGCUCACAAAGAGUCACUGCAGAAACACUUCUGGCACACCUUCCAUAGCAGUGUCUGGAACCUCUCUCUCCUCAGAUCGGAGUCGAUCUGAGUUAGAUUUGAGUGAGUCAUUUACAGAAGACUUAGAGGAUACCGUAAGCAUAAGAAGCAAGUCUGUCCCUGGGGCUUUAGACAAGGACUCCUUGGAAGAGACUGAAGAAAGCAUUGAUGCCUUAGUGUCCUCGCAGUUAUCUACAAACACUCACAGUCUGGCAAGUGGUCUAUCAACUAGUUCUCAAGCAGGUUCUGACAGGAAGUGGACCUACCUAAAUGUGCCUGAUGCUGACUCAGACACUACCAGCCUUAAUAGCAUGAUGAGUGUUUACAGUGAAACGGGAGACUAUGGCAAUGUGAAAGUCAGUGGUGAAAUCCUUCUCCAUAUCAGCUACUGCUACAAAACUGGUGGGCUCUACAUUUUUGUCAAGAAUUGCAGAAAUCUGGCCAUAGGAGAUGAAAAGAAACAGAGGACAGAUGCUUAUGUCAAGUCAUACCUUCUUCCUGACAAGUCCCGGAACAACAAGCGUAAGACCAAAAUCAGAACAGGCACCAAUCCAGAAUUCAAUGAAACACUAAAGUACACCAUCAGCCAUACCCAGCUGGAAACAAGAACUCUGCAGCUCUCCGUCUGGCACUAUGAUCGAUUUGGACGUAAUAGCUUCCUCGGGGAAGUAGAGAUUCCUUUUGACUCGUGGAACUUUGAAAAUCCAACUGAUGAGUGGUUUGUGCUUCAACCCAAGGUGGAGUUUGCUCCUGAUAUUGGCCUUCAAUACAAAGGAGAGCUGACAGUUGUUUUACGUUACAUCCCCCCAGAAGAGAACCUGAUGCUUCCACCAGAACAACUCCAAGGAAAUAAAACUUUUAAAAAGGGAAAGAAGAAGGAGUCACCUGUAAUCUCUGGAGGAAUACUAGAAGUGUUCAUCAAAGAGGCGAAGAAUUUGACAGCAGUGAAGUCAGGAGGCACUUCUGAUAGCUUUGUGAAGGGCUACCUGCUCCCUGAUGAUAGCAAAGCCACCAAGCACAAAACCCUGGUAAUAAAAAAGAGUGUUAACCCUCAGUGGAAUCAUACAUUCAUGUUCAGUGGCAUCCAUCCCCAGGAUAUAAAGAAUGUUUGCCUAGAACUUACUAUCUGGGACAAGGAGGCCUUUUCCAGCAACAUCUUUCUGGGAGGAGUUCGUUUGAAUUCUGGAAGUGGUGUGAGCCAUGGGAAGAACGUGGAUUGGAUGGACUCUCAGGGGGAAGAGCAGCGCCUUUGGCAGAAGAUGGCCAACAACCCUGGAACUCCCUUUGAGGGUGUACUCAUGCUUCGUUCCAGCAUGGGAACAUGUAGGCUCUGAAGGGACCAGUUUUCCAAGAAUGAGGCCACCAGGGCCUAUCUGGCUGUCUUUUCCUACUAUUGGCAAACUGAGACCUGGGAUUCUGCUUCCCUGCCAUUUCUCACCUGACAGUGUUGGGACAUGAGGGGAGAGAUGUCAGUAGUAUGAACAUUUAGGGUCUUGUUGAGUGCCUAAAAAACAUAUAUUUCCAUCCAAUCAAGGCCUUCUUGAUUGGAUGAUAGAAAGUGUACCACUCUGUCCUGUCAACAAGCAAAUUGUGCAAAGGCUUAUAGGGUUUAUACCACAAAAUAAAUGGCACAAGCCUCCAUUUGCUAAUUAUAAGUUACUUUAGAUUUCCUCAAAUCCUUUGAAGAGAAAGAGGACCAAUGAGAAGGUAGACCACUUGAAAAGUUAGAAGAAAGGAUACUGGCCAACUUUUACUCACCCUAGGAAUCCACAUGAUCUCAAGAAGGCAUGGUGGAGAUGGUUGCUUGAGCAAGGGGAUUGUCCUGUUAUUGCAGCAAACUUGUGGAUUAACGAAGUAGUAUUUCAAGAUGGAUUGACAGGGCUUUCUAUGAUUACUAUAGAAUUUAUCAUCUAAAUCAGUUUAUUUUUUAGAACAAAGAGAGCUAAAUAACUACAUCAGAACAAUUGAUGUUGAUUAGAAUUGACCUGGGAAAAUUGGGAUGUAGGGUCACCCUACCGAUGACCUAAGAGAGCUCUGUUGUAAACAUUUAUUUUAUAAAAUGUUCUAAGCCAUUAACUAAAAGGGAAUGAGACAUAAUGGUCAAUUGAUACACCUUUUCACAUUGUGUUCACUGAUGAGACUAGUUUAAUGCAAAAGGAGGUACUCUACCUGCUAUUUUACUUCUGUUUCUCUUCUGCCCUGUCAUGGGAGAGAAUCAAAGACUCCAUCUGCUCUCUUCCCCCUUGUUUUCUCCUUCACUGAGUUUUUCUUAUCUCCUUUUGCAGUGGUUAACUAUUGCCACAAUAAUGCUGAAUGAAAAAACACACCAAAUGUCAGUGGCUUAAAAUGACAAUCCUUUUUCUCAUAGCUAUGAAGAUUGGCUAUGGCACCUCUCCUUCCUGCUACAGGCUUGAGGUUCUAGGUUGGCUUCUUAUGCCUCAUCCUCUUUAAGCCAAAGGGAUAGCCAGAGCAUCUUGAUGGCAGAAGUGCAAUAAGAUGAGCCCCACUGCUUGGGUACAUUUUCAACCGCUGGAUGUGUCAUGUCUACUGAUAUCUUAUUGGUCAAAGGAAGUCAUAUGGCCAAGAUGAAGAGGCAGGGAAAUAUGCACUGCCCACAGUGAAGCCAUGACAAGAGUGAGGAUGCAGGAAGGGAUGAAGAAUUGGGGCCAACAGUUCAAUCUACCAUACCUUCUCUCACCUGGAAUUCCAGAUGCUUAAGCUAUGAAAUUUAGAUGCAAAGAAAGUUAAAGUUAGAAGGAAACUCAGGCCCAGUUGCUCAUUUUGCAGAUUCCAAAUGUGAAUUUCAGAGAGCUGAGAUAACUUGCCCAAGGCCAUAUAGAGGCUGUGACUAAAUCUGGACUUAAAUCCAGGCUAUCAAUCUUAGGCCAGUGUUCUUUUUUCACUGUAGUCCUUGGCAUAAUGCUAUGCUUAUUAAGGUGGAUAAAAGGGCGUAUGUCAAGAAAUUUGGAGCAGAGUCUGAUUACUUGAGCAUGAACAUACCUGACCAAGGUAUGUUGUGGAGUCAUAUUCUAGCCUCUGAGCUCAUUUUUUCAUGUGAGUUCAUAUAAAAUCCUCCAAAGUUUAGAAACUAAGUUUUAGUAGUAACAGAGCUAGAAUCAUCUUCAGGCUUAUUCCUGCUAGUUGUUCCAUAUUUCUAGAUUUCAUCUUGAAUUUUGAAAACUGAUUUAAGAAUAUAUUUAGUAUUAUUAUUAGUAAGGGAAUAAGCAAUCCAGUUUCAAUUUUAUUCAGAAGUAGGUCACCUAAUUCUACAAAAUGGUUAUUAGUCUAGUGUUGCUUAGCAAGGUACUUAAAAGAAAAAACUGCACAUAUCCUUGUGCUGCCCUUCUUAAAAACAGAAAACAAAAAGUGUAAGAUCAUCAUUGCUUCCCACACAGGAAAAAUAAAAUGUCUUCAGACUUGA